AUGCGCUCUAGGAAAUGCAAUCACCUCCAUCACUGCCCACAACUACCACCACCAAACCCAACAACCAAAAACCUCGUCAAGCCUCGUGCUCGUCACGCCAUGCGUUGGUGCGAAGCGCGCACCGCCGUCGUCCUCCUCUGCGCUGCCCUCCUGUCCCCGGGGCUGACCGUCUGCCACGCCGCGGACUCUUCCCAUGGUGGGGGGCUCGACGAGACUGGCGGUGGGGGGCCCGGUGGGGAGGCCCCCCCGGUGGACUUCAUGAAGCCCGAGGAGGCCACGGUGGAGGAGCAGGGAGACUUCUCGGAUCUCCUCGCCGCCGUCACGCGGCUCCUCAGGCCACCUGACAGGCCGGCCGAGGAGGGAGCGGAGGCCGAGGUGGAGGUGGAAGAUGACGAGGAGGUUGAGGGGGAAGUGGAGGGUGUCGAGGUGGAGGAGGAGGAGGACGAGGAGGAGGAGGACGGGGGAGAGGACAGUCAGGUGCCGGGGCUGUCGAUGGUGCCGGGCAACGCGGUGCAGGCAGAGGACGGCAGCGGCCGGGAGAACGCCACGGAGGCUGCCGCGCGGCCCCCCAAGAUCAAUUGCACGGAGCGCGCGGAUCCCGGCGAGGCCCUGGGGGUCUACAUCCUCCAGCAGUCGCAGGAUCUGCUCGAAGUGCUGAACGGCAGUGGCAGCGAGUGCGCCGUCGUCCUCUUCUUCGCGCCCUGGUGCCAGUUCUCGGCCGGGCUGGCGCCGCACUUCAACGCGCUGGCGCGGGCCUUUCCCUCCUUCCACUUCGUGGCGCUGGACGCCUCCCAGCACAGCAGCCUGGCAACGCGCUUCGGCACGGUGGCUGUGCCAAACAUUCUGCUGUUCCAGGGAGCAAAGCCGGUGGCGCGGUUCAACCACACGGAGAGAACCUUGCCCGCCCUCUCCUCCUUCCUUCUCAACCACACAGGAGUACCGGCGGACGAGCAAGUGGCGGUGACGCCGCAGGACCUGGAGGGGCCCGUGCCAAGCGAGGUGGCGCGCGCCACGGACUGGCUGCUCGUCUUCUCGCUCGCCUUCAUUGCCGCGUUCCUCGCGUACGGCGCCAGCCAGACCGGCGUGCUGCGCCGCGUCGUGCCCGCGGCCUGGCACCACCAGCGCCAGCAGCACCAGCACCAGGACUGAGCUGCACGCCAAUCUCUGCCGCGUGCGUAUGGUAGUGGGGGGGGGGUCCACCUACGCACUACCCCAACACCUGCCCACCGCCACCCUGUGUGGCUACACCGUGGAGAUGUUUUGUAUAAAGCACAGCACGUUAGUGUGGUGGGUGCAGCGAUGGGGGCGCGUCACCAGGGCGGCAUGUAAACAUCAGCACCGAGCGUGGUGAUGGCCAACACCACCCCCCUCCCUGGCACCCCCUGUGCACCGUGCUGGCCUUUACAGAUGCUCAUGAGCAGCACUUGCCCCCACAUCCUGUUAAAGGCUGUACGGGGGAUUGCAGCUGGCUGGCAUCGUGUGACGUGCUGCUGAUGCGCGUGCCAGUCCACCCCGUGAGAUGCGGGCCCAUCCUGGGACCGUGGCGCAAAUAUCGAGUGUGCAGGCGGUGCAAUCGCAUCAGGGCCCAUUGUUCUGGAAGGACCCGGGCACUGGGCUAAGAAGAGAGGUUUGUGGGAGGUGGGGGGCUGGCAGGAAUUGGAUGGGGUUUAGGGGGCCUCGUUUAAAUCGUUGCAACCUCACUAUGCUGCUUCACCCAGUGGAAAGCUUUAACCACUUCACUUUGCCUAAGAGUGCACCUAGCUUGGCGCAAGUGCCAUGGUUACGUUGAUGUGCCUGUGCUCGUGGAAAAUGUGUCCGUCGUGGGAGGGACAUGACAUCGUUGCAGGGUUGUGUGCGCGCGUGUGCGUGUAGGCACGCGGGCAGUUGUACACGUGGUUUUGGACACAAUCCAACCUUGGUGAGCUUAGCCCACCCAUCCAUCGGUGUCAUCUCUUUAUAAUAAUAACAAUAAAACAAUUUGUAACGCGCACGCAUUUCUGGUUAAUGCACCUGCAGUGUUGGGCUCGAACCGCGAACCUUUGCAAUGAGCGGCAAAAUUCAAUCCUGCCAGGUCAUCUGUCACCACGACGUCCGUCUUUGUCUUCCUCUUGCCCUUCUGCCUUUGAUUCUCCCAAGGAGAUAGUGUGGCAGUCGGGCUCUCCCUGUGAGCCUCUGGCUACAUGUCCACCAUAGCGAGAGCUGGUACUGGAUGUGGUGUGCCGGGCAUGGGAACGUUUUCUGAAUUGCCACCCCAGCUUGUACUGACUGGAAUUAAACCGUGGCCGUCUUGUUCUUGUUUGACUGAUUCACACGUAAUUGUUUGGCAAUAUCCAAUUAUUUCUUGCAACUCACCUUUCACAGCUGAUGUUACGAUUCGUAACCGAGACAUCUUUCACGUCUAAUUGUGUUCUCAGCGUCACCCUAAAAUGCGAGAUCUCAAACGCUUGUGAGGUUAGUAAUUUAUUGAAAAUUAGCGAUGUACUGUACAUAUAUUCAAUGCGCGGGCACUAUGGCUCUCCCCCGACGUCCACCCCCACCACGCGCCCCACCACCCCUGUCCUGUCAGCGUGUGUCUCGCUUGACAUUUGAUGAAGGAUCGGACGACGUUACAACAUUCAUAAGUAGACGAUUCGCCUCCUUCACGCGCCUGUUCCUCCACACAAUAGAUCAAAGUUACUUUACACAUAUUCUUAGGUUUUUUCGGUAAAGUCACGUAGGUAAAAAAUUUAACUUAAUAAAAGUAAAAUAAAAAAAUAAAAAUCACGACGUUUCGGAGGCAACACAAGCCACACGGCCUUUCCUCGAGCGGAGGCAGAUGCAGACAUUACCCCUCGGGAGUAGUGAACUGAAAUAUCAGGCAUUCUAAAUCCAGCCCUACAUUUAUAAUGAUAAAAAAAAAAUCUACGUCUUUUCUCUGCUAAAUAUUAAAAAAAAUGCCUAUUUUGGGGGUGCCAGGAGGGGCGGGGGACCCCUGCCCCCCACCCUACUUUGGAUCUGUCACUGUCGGGGAGUGCAUCAUGUGGAGGUGAAUCAUCCGAUUUCGUAAUUUAUAUUCCGCACAACGACGCCAACGAUGACUGCGUGAUGUUGAGAAUCUUUCGUCCCUGGCGCAGCUUCGAGGUGGAGACGAUGUGUUUGUAUUGGCAGAGUGGGGCUGAAAAUGUCACGUGCCUGGUGUGUAUAUUGUUGUUAAUACCACGGGGAUCUGCUGUACAAUAAAGUUUUAGAAUAUGGUUUUGGGUUCAUGGCGUCUUCGUGCGAGGAGUUAUUUGUUGGGCUGCGUUUAAUGAGGAUGAUGGCGCUGUCGGUCACUGCAUUUCUACUACACUUGCCGUGAUGUGAUGAUACUGUGAUACGUCGUAUGAUAUUCUGAUCCAUUGUACGAUACUGCGAUACAUUGUAUGAUACUGCAAUACAUGGUACAAUACUGCGAUACAAUGUAUAGUGUAAGACCCACGAUAAUCGCAUCGUUCACUUUGCAAAAUAUAUUUUCUUCACAAUAUAUUCCCGACAAUAUGAAUCGGCAAAAAUAUGAAUUGCUUUGUAAAGCACUCUGGGAGUCAUAAUUUAUUUUUGGGGGGAUUAAGCCACGUAAUGAUCUGGCCGAGUGUCGUAAAACCUUCCACCGCCCGACAUCCAAAUGCAUCAAAUCGUCACGUGCGUUUUAAAGCGCCAAUCGUCAAUUCGGUUCACGCCAGCGGCUUGAAUAAAUCGCCCCACAGCAAAACUCGGCAAUUAGAUCGUCGACGUUUCUCUUGAAACGACAGCAAAGCAUCAUCAGAACCUAUGAAGUCGGACAUUUUUUGGAUUGAUUGACGGGCGUGGCAAAUAAAUGUUGGCCGUCAA